AAUUCCUUAGUCAUUGCAUGCUUCUUGAUGGUAACGAUGCAUAUAUGUAACAUUUUGGGCACGUCUAGCUCUUUUAACAGGGCAGUUGAACAGAAGUAGGUGGAGUGUAGUUGGCUUUAUCAUGAGUACAAGCUAGGGUCUCCCUACAUUUAGAAGGAAGCCCUCUCCCUCUCUCACUGUGUGUGUUUGUGUGUGCAUGGGACUGUCCAACCUCUUCUCACCAACCACCAUGUAUCUUUGAGCUUCACACAUAAAUCCUCCAAGUACAUUAAUUCUUACACUUCCAUUCCCAGUGAAGUCUCACAACCUCCAAUGGCAAAUAACAACAAUCUCCAUCUCUUCACACCUUCACUCCCAUCAACCACGUUGAACUCUCAUUCACUUGUACACCAAUCCACGCAAAACUCUCAGGUUGCUUUGGACAUCGACUGGGCUAGCCUCCUAUUGGCUUCCACCGCGAACGGUGGCCAAAAGCCACUGUCGACGCGGAGUUUGUCAUCACUAACAUCUAGUAAUGUAGUUGAAGGAGAGAAUGGUGGCAGAAACAGAGGAAAAACAGGUGGUAGGAGCAAGAAAGCCAUUCCACCAAGGAUUGCCUUUCAUACGAGGAGUCCUGAGGAUAUUCUUGACGACGGUUACAGGUGGCGAAAAUAUGGGCAGAAAGCUGUGAAGAACAACAUCCAUCCUAGGAGCUACUACCGUUGCACGCAUCAUACAUGCAAUGUGAAGAAACAGAUCCAACGGCUCUCAAAAGAUACAAGCGUUGUCGUGACAACAUAUGAAGGCAUCCACAACCAUCCUUGUGAGAAACUCAUGGAGACCUUAAGCCCUCUGUUGAAGCAACUUCAGUUUCUCUCCAGAUUCUAAAACCAGUCAGUAUCAUCAUAGGACAAAAGUCACAUGUUGUUAGACCUGCCGUUACCUGUUUUACAUCUCUAAUGCUGUAUAGGAAUGCAACAAAAAAUAUAUAUCUAGAGUGUAAACAAGGAUGGAAUGCUCAUAGUGUACAUAUCUCUCUCAAUUUAUA